CGACGCCCCCUGACGCCUCCGACUCUAGUUUGCGCUUGUGCAGUGUGCGGGUCCAGCUGUGUGGGCCUCGGUCUACUGGAGGUGGGGUCGCUUUGGAAGUCUAGCCACUGUCCUCUACCGCGGAGCCCGAAACAGGCGUGCCCAGUCAGUUCUCGUUCCUGUUGGGUGUGUCCAUGUGCUGCCAUGUUGAGGGCUAAGAAUCAGCUUUUUUUACUGUCACCCCAUUACCUGCAUCAGCUAAAAGAGUCAUCAGGAUCUAGGCUUACAUGGAAGCGACUACUACACCAGCAACAACCGCUUCACCCAGAAUGGGCUGCCCUGGCUAAAAAGCAACUGAAAGGCAAAAACCCAGAAGAACUAAUAUGGCGUACCCCAGAAGGAAUCUCCAUAAAGCCCUUAUAUUCCAAGAGGGACACUAAGGACUUACCCGAAGAACUUCCAGGGGUGAAACCAUUUACACGUGGACCAUAUCCUACCAUGUAUACCUUUAGGCCCUGGACCAUCCGCCAGUAUGCUGGCUUUAGUACUGUGGAAGAAAGUAAUAAGUUUUAUAAAGACAAUAUUAAGGCUGGUCAGCAGGGAUUAUCAGUUGCCUUUGAUCUGGCAACACAUCGUGGCUAUGAUUCAGACAAUCCUCGAGUUCGUGGUGAUGUUGGAAUGGCUGGAGUUGCUAUUGACACUGUGGAAGAUACCAAAAUUCUUUUUGAUGGAAUUCCUUUAGAAAAAAUGUCAGUUUCCAUGACCAUGAAUGGAGCUGUUAUUCCAGUUCUUGCAACUUUUAUAGUAACUGGAGAAGAACAAGGCGUGCCUAAAGAGAAACUUACUGGUACAAUCCAGAAUGAUAUACUAAAGGAGUUUAUGGUCAGAAAUACUUACAUUUUUCCUCCAGAACCAUCAAUGAAAAUUAUUGCGGACAUAUUUCAGUAUACAGCAAAGUACAUGCCAAAAUUUAAUUCAAUUUCAAUUAGUGGAUACCACAUGCAGGAAGCAGGGGCUGAUGCCAUUCUGGAAUUGGCCUACACCAUAGCUGAUGGAUUAGAGUACUGUCGAACUGGACUCCAAGCUGGCCUGACAAUUGAUGAAUUUGCCCCACGAUUGUCUUUCUUCUGGGGAAUUGGGAUGAACUUUUAUAUGGAAAUAGCAAAGAUGAGAGCUGGAAGAAGACUCUGGGCUCACUUAGUAGAGCAAAUGUUUCAGCCUAAAAACUCUAAAUCUCUUCUUCUGAGAGCACAUUGUCAGACAUCAGGAUGGUCACUUACUGAACAGGAUCCUUACAACAAUAUUAUUCGUACUGCAGUAGAAGCAAUGGCAGCAGUGUUUGGAGGGACUCAGUCUCUGCAUACAAAUUCUUUUGAUGAAGCUUUGGGUUUGCCAACUGUGAAAAGUGCUCGAAUUGCCAGGAACACACAAAUCAUCAUUCAGGAAGAAUCAGGGAUUCCCAAAGUGGCUGAUCCUUGGGGUGGCUCAUAUAUGAUGGAAUCUCUCACAAAUGAUGUUUAUGACGCUGCCUUGAAGCUUAUUAAUGAAAUUGAAGAAAUGGGUGGAAUGGCCAAAGCUGUGGCUGAGGGAAUACCAAAACUUCGAAUUGAAGAAUGUGCUGCCAGAAGACAAGCUAGAAUAGAUUCUGGUUCUGAAGUAAUUGUUGGAGUAAAUAAGUACCAGUUGGAAAAAGAAGAGUCUGUAGAAGUUCUGGCAAUUGAUAAUACUUCAGUGCGUAACAAGCAGAUUGAAAAACUUAAGAAGGUCAAGUCCAGCAGGGAUCAGGCUUUGGCUGAACGGUGUCUUGCUGCACUGACCGAAUGUGCUGCCAGUGGGGAUGGAAAUAUUCUGGCUCUUGCUGUGGAUGCAGCUCGUGCAAGAUGUACAGUUGGAGAAAUCACAGAUGCCAUGAAAAAGGUAUUUGGCGAACAUAAAGCUAGUGAUCGUAUGGUGAGUGGAGCAUAUCGUCAGGAAUUUGGAGAAAGUAAGGAGAUAUCAUCUGCUAUCAAGAGGGUUCAUGACUUCAUGGAACGGGAAGGUCGCAGACCUCGUCUUCUGGUGGCAAAAAUGGGUCAAGAUGGCCAUGACAGAGGAGCAAAAGUUAUUGCCACAGGAUUUGCUGAUCUUGGCUUUGAUGUGGACAUAGGCCCUCUUUUUCAGACUCCUCUUGAAGUGGCUCAGCAAGCUGUGGACGCAGAUGUGCAUGCUGUGGGAGUGAGCACACUUGCUGCCGGCCAUAAAACUCUCGUUCCUGAGCUCAUCAAGGAACUUAAUUCUCUUGGACGGCCAGAUAUUCUUGUCAUGUGUGGAGGAGUGAUCCCACCGCAGGAUUACGAAUUUCUGUUUGAAGUUGGUGUGUCCAAUGUGUUUGGUCCUGGGACUCGAAUUCCAAAGGCUGCUAUUCAAGUGCUCGAUGACAUUGAGAAGUGUUUGGAAAAGAAGCAGCAAUCUAUAUAACAUCCUGUUUUUGUUUUAUCUUUUUCCUAACGAAUUCUUUAUUAUCAAUAAAGAGCAUAAAGCCAUGUCUUCAAUUUAAUACCAACACAUGAUACAUACUUUUCUUGACAGCUUUACAUUAAAAUACUUUACUUAUAAA